UUUCGAGUGCCAAUGGCGUGAGGCUUCCAAGUUCGAGGCCUUUGUCAUUUCUCAACGCUUCGGCAUGUCGUUCAAGCGAUAGCCACGUAGGGCUGGGGCUGGGAUACGGGUGCUGUGCAGAACGCGGGCGUUUCGCAAAAUCAAUAAUCCUGGGGGGUGGCGGGGAGCGUUGCAAUGCUGAAACGCUUCAACGGCACAUAGUCGCGAUAGGAUGUUUCUCAGAAAUUGCCGACGGCCGGUACCUACAGAAGGGUGUUUACGUAGGCGUCAUCCACUAUCCCCGGGAGGGUUGUUGGAUUUGUAUACGAGGAACAAUUCGACGUGCAACUCGGAAGAGCUACAUACAUGGGCAUGUAGGUUCUGGAUCCAUUGCGUGGCCUGGAUCAGUUCUUGAGCGAUAUUCCGCAAUUGCAUAAAGGGAUGUGUCGAUGCUGAAACAGAGUUGCUAAGCUUUGCCGCCCCUGUUUAAUGCCCGGCCCGGCGCUCCCCACUAUUCCACAGGCUGCCCGUAACUUCGUAAGCCAACUCAAGCAUUACGCGUAGCAAGUAUCGACCAUCCGUACAUCCUCGUCCUAUCAACCAGUGCUCAGAGAUCCCAUCUGUUUACUUUUGGCAGUCGAUUAGCCACACUCGACACAAUGCUGGUCCCACACCUCGCCUCUCAUACGCAUGUGAAGCCUCGCCACGCCCUGGAAGCCUCUCAAACCGAAGGCCCACCAAGACUUUUGUUUGCUCAGCCUGCCGCUGGGAUUUGACGCCGCCGAUGUCUUGUCCAAACGGCUCACGAGCUUAGCCUUCCUCGAGAGCUUGUUCAUGCAUCACCAACUGUCUUGGCCAUAGCAUGGUUUCACUCAAAUUUCAUACUAUGGAUCCUCUCCAUCUUAACAUGGUAUCACCAUUGAUCUUCUCCAUUUAAGUCUCUUCAUUUCCACUUUCCCAUUAUUUUUGUUCUUCACCCUUCCCCCCAGGCCGAGCCUUCUUCUUCAUUCUUCGCGAGGGAUCUGUAGCUUGAUUGCUAUAAUCUUCUCUUUUCCUUUUCUUCUCUUCUCCACUCUCUUCCGUUCGAUCCCCGUGUUUUCUCAGACCAACCCACAUUCUUUUUCACGGUAAACACGUUGAACGUCACCGCUGCCGGUCAGCAUUAUUCCAAUAUGGCUACUCUCCGGCUCUUUCUCUUCGUUGCUUUGUUGGUCGCCUUUGUGCUUGCCGCCCCGGCCCCAGCCAGGGUGCAGAAGCGUUCCUUCAGAGUCCCACGGAGUUUGAACAGGGCGCACCCAAGGGGUCUCAAUGGCCGCGAUGCUAUGCGCAAGGUACUUACCAAGUACAGCUCCAACGGUGGUUUCAUCUCGAACCACAAGGUCAGCGCCAUGCUUGAGGGCCUCCGCAAAGCAGCGAGCAACGGAACCGCGGGAAACAACACUGGCACGGUUGCUGCCAAUCCUGAGCAGAAUGCCGCUCUUUUCUUGUCUCCUGUCGAUAUCGGAGGUCAGACUUUGAACUUGGACUUCGAUUCUGGUUCCUCCGACUUGUGGGUCUUCAGCACUGAUUUGCCCGCUCAGUCCAUCGGCCAGCAUUCCGCCUUUGAUGCUUCCAAGUCAACCACCUUCAAGAAGAUGACUGGUGCUCAGUUCAAAAUCAGUUAUGGUGAUGGGUCCGGUGCUGCGGGUACCGUUGGUAUGGACAAGGUCACUAUCGGUGGUGUGUCCGUGGAUAACCAGGCUGUCGAGCUUGCGAGCGCCGUGUCUCAAUCUUUCGUUGAGGACACCAACACUGAUGGCCUUGUUGGUCUUGCAUUCUCCAAACUCAACACUGUCAACGAUGGUACCAAGAAGAUCCCCCAGAAGACAUUCUUCGACAACGUGAUGGGCAACCUUGACUUGCCCGUCUUCACUGCCGAUCUUGAUCCCGAUGGCACUGGCGUCUAUGAGUUUGGCAAGAUCGACUCGACCAAAUUCGUUGGCGACAUGGCCUGGAUUCCCGUCAACUCCAGCUCAGGCUUCUGGCAAUUCCCCUCUGCCAAAUUCUCUGUCAACGGCAAAGUGGUCGACAACCCGGGCGCUUCCCAGGCCAUUGCCGACACCGGCACAUCGCUCCUCCUCGUCGACCAGAACGUCGCUGAGACCUACUAUUCUCAAGUCCAGGGAGCACAGCUCAACGCCCAAGUUGGUGGUUUCAUCUACCCUUGCAGUGCUAAACUGCCCGACAUGGCUGUCGCCAUUGGUGACACUUACAUGGCAAAGAUCCCCGGUAACCAGAUCACUUUCGCCGCCGUCGACAGGGCAAACACCACCUGCUUCGGUGGUAUUCAAGGAAACCAGGGCGCUGGUCUCCAGAUCUAUGGUGACACAAUGUUCAAGGCUCAGCUCGUAGCUUUCAACGGUGGCAACUCUUCAGUCGGCUUCGGCGAGAAGCCACCUGUUGCAUAG